CGGUCACACUAACUAGCUACGCACCUGUCGGCAUGGAGGAACAUACAGCCUACGUCUAACCCUUGCGCCAUCUGGCUACACCAAACAACUUCAAACAGAUCUUCACCAUCGGACCAACCUACAAUCCAUCUGAAUCAUGAUUAGCGGUCACGAUCCAGUUAACCAGCGGAACUUUCAAACACUGCACACCACACAACCAUUGCCUUCUGUACAGCAAAGCAACUGUUGUAGUAAUUUCGAGUGACGCUGCGGGACUACUAAAUAUAGUAGGUGUCGCUGACGUUGAUAUCGAUGAAGAAGAAUCUGGGGAUUGAUAGAUAGAGAGCGUGACGAGAUUUCCAUUUUUAUUUAUUUAUUUUUUCGCUUUUUGCCUUUCUGGGAAAUUUAUAAAGCUAGCUAGCAACAAAGAAAGAGUGGUAGUAGAAUUUGCGAUUUGAAAAAAUGGCGGAGGAAGUAGGCGUUGCUAAGGCUGUUGAACCUGCUGCACCCUUGGCAGCUGAACCGCCUCUGGCGUCGGCAGUUCCGCCUAACGACGUCGUCGAGGAGAAGGCUAUUGUGAAGGCCGAAAAAGCUUCAGAUCCUUCAGUGCAGAAGAGCUCCAAAGGAUCUGUUGACAAGGAUGUUGCUCUUGCCGAGGUUGAAAAUGAGAAAAGGUUGUCCUUUAUCAAGGCAUGGGAGGAAAGCGAAAAAACUAAAGCAGAAAACAAGGCUCAAAAGAAGUUGUCUGAAGUUUCAUCAUGGGAAAAUACCAAGAAAGCAGCUAUUGAAGCUAAAUUGAAGAAAAUUGAGGAACAACUGGAGAAGAAAAAAGCAGAUUAUGGUGAAACAAUUAAAAACAAGAUUGCUGAGAUUCACAAGCAGGCGGAAGAGAAAAAAGCCAUGGUUGAAGCCAGGCGUCGUGAAGAAAUCCUUCAAGCAGAUGAGAUGUCUGCUAAAUACCGCGCAACUAAUCAAGCUCCCAAACAGGUGGGGUGUUUUGGAUGCUAAGCUUCUCCGGGCUUCUAAUAUAGCAUGAAGAACAAGUUUCAUUAUCCUUGUAAAUUUGUCUAUUAGUUGUUGAACUUGCGUGUUUAUGGAUGCGAGGACACAUGUUUUUUUUUUUUUCUUUCCCCUUUUUAAGUGGUUUGUAUAGAAAAGGAGCUUAAAGCCUGUGAAAGCAAGGCUUAUGUUUACGAUUUCUGCUCCUCUGUAAUUCUCUCAGUUCAUGAACGCAUUCUGCUUCUGCAAGUCUCCUCCUCGGUUGGAUACUUGUAUUUGCAGCAACAACUAAGAUUUCCUUGCAGAAUAUGUGCUUUAUGGUAUUUCUUGCA